ACCAUAUUACCACAUUAUAUUCUAUACUAUGUAUAGUAAACUAUACUAUACAUAUACUAUACCUAUACUAUAUUUAUUACUAUAUUUACUACUAUAUUUAUUACUCUAUCUAUUACUGUUUUAUUAAAGUUAGUUAAAUAUUAACAAUUCUUUGAUUGCAAAUUGUUCCGCAACAUCUCCCUUUUCGGUCAUACAAAAACAAGUCGACUGAUGUCAAUUAUUAUAUCACCACUCUUAUUGGUGGUAACAUAUACAGCAUUCUACAAUGUCAAAUACCAGUAAGUUUGUAGAGCUAAUAACUCCUAAAGAUUUGGAUAUUAUUUCCGACCUUAAGUUUUCUCCCACCACUCAAUCCCCACAAUUAUUGGCGUCAUCGUGGGACAAUCGUGUCCUUCUUUAUGAUUGUUCAGAUAUUGCUCAUAAUGUUAAUAAUCCUCCAAGUAUAUCACCAACAAAUGUGUUUACUCUUGAAGAUACUCCAUUAUCAAUAACUUAUAGUGGAUCAGAUGCCUAUAUAGGACUGUUGGAUGGAAGUGUACGACAAUUAGAUUUUGAGAAUCAAAGAUUAAGUCUGGAAAUUCUUCUGUUGGCCACAACUGAUGAAGAAAUAGGUAAUGGGAUUAGUAGCUUAAUUCUGAUUAAGGGUCAAUCUAACUUAAUAUGUGCCAGUUCAUUUAAUGGUAAAUUACAGUUGAUAGAUACAAGACAAAGACUGCCAGUAUUAGUCACUCAACAUUCUCAAACUAAUCUUAAACGGAAAAUAUUUGCCAUGGAUUCAAGUUCCCAAUACUUAACAUUAGCUGUAAAUGGUAAUAAUCUUGAGAUUUAUGACUUAAAUAAUUUAAAAGUACCAUAUGAAACUCGACAAGUAGGAUUAAAUUAUCAAAUACGAGAUUUGAAAUGUUUUCCUAAUGAUGAAGGGUUUGCUUUAUCAACGAUUGAUGGAAGAGUAUCAAUUGAAUAUUUUGAUUCUUCAGAAGAAGUACAAACUACAAAGAGAUUUACAUUCAAAUGUCAUAGAACUUUCGAUAAAUUAACAGAUACAGAUGUAGUAUAUCCUGUAAAUUGUUUAGCAUUUAGUCGAUACGGUACGUUAUUCACAGGAGGUUCCGAUGGGACUUUAUGUUUAUGGGAUUUAGAGCGUAGAAAACGAAUGAGAGCAUAUCCCAAAUUUGUUAGUGAAGAUGAAGCAGAAGUAAUUGAAAGUUUAGCCAAGAUAGCUGUCAAUAAUGCUCCAGAUCAUCAAUUAAUUAGUGUAGCCACUAGUGAUGAUACUUAUAAGCGGAGAAGAAGAUUAUCUGAAAGUGAAGGACAAAGAAUCCCCAGUCGGAUCUACAUCAGAGCCCUCGGAACUUCCGAAUGUGAACCUAAGAGAUGAUAUAAAUAUAUAAAAAAUAACCAAAAACUAUAAAAUAUAGUCACAUAUAAAAUAUAACUACAUAUAAAAUAUAAAUGAUAGUAACGAUAGUAACGAAAUAUACGAGCUCAU